AUGCUCCUGUUGUUCUUCUCUCCUGACCCCGGCACCAGACCGCUGGACUGGAGAAGUUUGAGAGUGCGCCAGUGCACGCCAGAAACAUGUGACACUCACGUCCUCUACUCAAUCGUCUCUGCCCGAUGUCUGUCAGGUGUCAGAAAUGCUUCCACUGCCAGUUCUCAGUCUUCUCUUCCCUCCAAAAUAGUUCGAACGAGGUGCAUGGUGAAUCGGACCACUGAGGUCUUCUAUUGGCUUCCUCCCGUCCAGGAUUGCUUUUCAGCUAGAAGUGGUGACACACCCUAUUUCUACGGCUCGAUAUACACCAUCCGCCAACUGCAGCAGGCCUUUCUGGCUGGAAAGGCGGCGGCAGUGGCAGUGCGAGAGAAACCGUUAGUCUCACUCUCCGUGGGCAUGUCAGCGCUCUCAGUGGCACUGGUGCUCAUCAUGCUCCUCGGUGUGUGCCACCGAAACUCGUCCGAUGUCUCUACCUCCGGCUCCAGGAACGGUGGCACCACCACACAGCGGCAACGACAGGCAGCUGCGCGACGUCGCGCUCGCGCCAGGAGUCGUCGGCAAAACGGAAACCACACCUCCAUCGGCACUCAGGCCGAUGUCGAACCCUCCGAUCGCUUCUUCAUCCUUCCCCGGUCUGAUCCCAUAAUGCAUACCCAAACGGGUGGCGUAAACGCAGGUUUCCACGACUCAGAGGCACUAUUAGCGCAGCCCCAUGAGUUGGCUGGUCAGACGCCGGCUACGGCCACCCUCGAGGUAAUGGCGCACGAGGGAGAGGCGGAAGGGGGCUACCCUGCUUCCACCGCAGCCCUCACUUGCAGUGACGAUUCGCGACUCUCCUGUUUGGUUGUGCCUCACAUCGAUACCCUGACGGAGUAUCAGCCACCUACUCACCCACCAAGGAUAUUCAGGGGAGUGCCCACUCUUCCCGCCUACGAGGAUGCCACGAAGCGGGGCAUGUACUGCAUAGUCAGGGAUUCGGACAUCACUGCACCACCUUCCUACCAGUAUCGAAUUCUCGACCCUGUGGACGCCGACGAUGAAGCAUCUGUGGGUGGUUCCGCUGCGACUGGCGAUGCGAAUUCAGCCGGCAACUCCGAUGCCUUUCCUCCCAUUUCUUCGUGGGAUUUCUACACCUACGGGGUUCACAGGGGCUCGAUCAACAGCAUGCCUGAAUUUUCGCGCAUCUACGGACCCCCUGAAUCACCCUAUCCUGGAGACCGUUCCACACCCGUCCCCAGUAUUGUGCCCUCUACCCACCCAGCAGACAAUGUCGUCGUUUGUGUCACUGUUGCUGCUGACGAUGGCGAUGGUGCAUGCGACGUUGCUUUCGUAUAG